CGGGACCGGGACCGGGAUCGGGACCGGGAUCGGGACCCGGAUCCGGACCGCGACCGGGGGCUUGGACAUGGGCCACAGGAUCGGGAUCGGGACCGGGGACUCGGACAUGGGCCACAGGACCGGGAUCGGGACCGGGGACUCGGACAUGGGCCAUAAGACCGGGAUCCGGACCGAAACCGGGGACUCGGACAUGGGCCAUAGGACCGGGAUCCGGACCGGGACCAGGGACUCGGACAUGGCCCACAGGACCGGGAUCCGGACCGGGACCGGGGACUCGGACAUGGGCCACAGGACCGGGAUCGGGACCGGGAGCGGCAUUCGGACCCGGACUGGGAUCAGGGCUCGGCCGCGGGUCACCGGAGCGGAAUCGGGAUCCGGACCCGGACUGGGAUCAGGGCUCGGCCGUGGGUCUCGGGACCGGGAUCGCGGGCGCGGGCCCGGAGCAGGGCCUGGGCAGGGAUUACAGCACCGGGACCCGGAGCGGGACCCGUUCCCGCAGGCCCGGGCGGGCUGCGGGGCUCGGAGGCGCUGUGUGCCGCCACGGGCCCGUCCGUGCCAGGAACCGUGCAGCCGGUGCCCGGACCCACAGCUCGGUGCCCGGACCCACAGCUCGGGGGCCGGACCCACAGCCGGUGCCCGGACCCACAGCUCGGUGCCCGGACCCACAGCCGGUGCCCGGACCCACAGCUCGGGGGCCGCUCCGUGCCUCUGCCUGCACAGCGACUCACGGAGAGCGCUUCUCUCAGGGCACUCUCCGUGCUGGCACAGCCCCGGGCGCCGGCUCUCCUGGCAGCGCAGAACACAAGCAGGGAGAGCAGGACAGUGUCCGAGGCUGUGUGGCACAGCCGGGUGCUCCUGGCACACCUCCGAGCAGCAGACUUUGUGAUCAGCUCAGGGCUCAGCUCACCAAACCAAGCCCUAAGAUCAUUUCUCAGAUCACAGUGUAGGCUUGUGUGUGGUUAGAUCUUCACGUUCUUCCCAAAUUACUUCUGAUCCUGCCUCUGUGGUUUUUGGGUGAUGAACACUGUCCCAGGUUGAAAUUGGAAAGGGUUUCAUUUUUCUCCUGUAACCCUUUGUCUCUGCUCCCACCCCAGGACAGCAGUGAUGACAUUGAAGAUGUGUCUCUCUUUGAUGCAGAUGAUGAUGUAUCCAGGAGAUCCAAAAA